AUGAACGAAAUGAAUCUCAGAAUCCCAUUUGGUAUGAUGGAAAAUGAAGACAAAUUGAAAGAUCAACUUCAUCAUUAUGGCAAUGAUGCGGUGGUCCUCCGAUUAGAUGACCAUUUCAAAAGUUCGUUACUGAAAAAACAUUAUCAUUCAAAUUUUGAGCUCUUUUACAAGUGCUACAAACGAUUUAUAGAAAAUUUAUUCAACGAUGGAUUUUCGUAUCCGACCAUAUGGUCCCAGAACGACUCGUCUUAUCAUCUCCAAAAUGUUCAUUGGAUUGCAGAAAAUGAUCCCGAUUUCGCUUGUUCACUCAUGAAGCUUGGAUUGCCAUUGUACUAUUUCGGAGACAAGUUGAUGAAAAAUCCCUCCUUUGUUAAAAAAGUCAUGAAAACAAUGGAAGUGAAUUACUUGCCCUAUGGCAGUAAUGAUCGUGAAUUUAUGAAAGAAAUUGUUACGGAGGCUGGAUAUGCUUUGCAAUUUGGCAUAAAUUCCAUACAAGAUGAUAAAGAAAUCGUGCUUUUGGCCAUUCAACAAUGCCCAUGGGCCUAUCUAUAUGCAAGUGACAGAUUAAAGCAAGAUCCACAAGUCAUGAUGGAAGCAGCUCGGCAUGGAUGUAUUUGUGGAGCCUCACAGGAGAUUGCUUCGAAUCGGAAGAUUGUGUUAAAUGCUGUCAAGGUCAGUGCCUUCAAUUUGAUGUACGUGAGUGAAGAAUUGCGAAACGACAAAGAAAUUGUCAAUGCAGCCUUAUGCAAUGAUCCUGGUUGUUUUGACAAUAUUGGAUCUGAAUUGUUGAAAAAUAGAGAAUUUUGUAAAAAGAUGGUCCUCCAAUGUGGAUACAAAGCCACCAGAGUCAUUGAUGAAUCUCUAAUGUCUGACUCAACAUUUUUGAAAGAACUUGUUGAUUUAAGAUUGGACGAUCUAUUCGAGUUGAGAGUUGGUUCAAUAGUAGAUCGUAAAUUUUCCAAGGAAUUGAUUCGAAUGUGUCCAUGGUUUAUUCGCACCAUGAUGUUUUCCAAAGACGAAGAAUUGGUCAUGGAAGCAGCCAAAUGUGAUCCAAAAACAGUUCAAUAUGCACAUGAUUCAUUGAGAAACAAUUCAGAAUUUGCCAUGAAAUUAGUGGAAUUGGAUGCAAGAACUCUCUUGCAUUUAGGUCCAGAAGUGAAACAAUGUUUCCGAGUGGUCAUGCAAGCGGUGAAACAAAAUGGUCUCUGCCUGCCAUAUGCGAGUAGUGACUUGAAAAACGACCCACACAUUGUUCGAGCGGCAUGCCAACAAAACCCACAAGCCAUUCAAUAUGCUGGAUCAAUGCUGAAAGGCUCUCAGGAAUUUAUGCUUGAAAUGAUUCAACACAACCUCUCUGCGUUACAACACGCAAGUAUCCAUUUGAAAAGAAAUUGUUUAUUUUUACAACAAGUGAAACAGAUUGUACUCUCACAUCAAGAAUUAAUGCGUCUACGACAGGAUCGAUCGCUUGUCAUGCAAUGUGUGAAACAAAAUGGGCUUACUCUUCAUAAUGCAGUGGAAGAACUAAGACAGGAUAGACAAGUAGUAUUAGAAGCUAUCAAAACAACGCCUAAAGCUCUACAAUAUGCACAUUAUUCGUUACAAGAUGACAAGGACCUUUGCUUGGAAGCAGUAACGAGAGAUGUUUCGAGCUUUGCUUAUUGUUCCUCUCGUUUGAAGCUGGAUGCUGAUCUCAUUCGUGAGUGUGUGAAACAACAAGGGUUCACUGUUCUCGCUCAGUAUUUACCAUCCACGAACGCACUCGGAAAGACAUUUGCUAUGGAGUUAUUGGAAAUGAAUUUCAAAUGUAUUCAAUUCUUUCCAAGAGAUUUGACUGAGGAUGAGGAAUUCAUGAAAGAGGUGUUAUGA